AUGGAGAAAAUAGUGUUCAGGAAAAUUGUGUUUGUUGCCUUCUUAUUGUCCCUUUCAUGUUUAUUGGAGGGAGAAGCAAGAAUGAGUGGAGAUGUAACAAUACAACGUGGAGGGUCUUGCAACAACGACAAUACCUGUCACGAUACAUGUCCGGGUUGCCGUAUCACACAAUGUAUUUUCAGGCAAUGUGUUUGUACUCGUUGUAACACUCCACGAUCAAGUUUACGUAUUGAAUCUCAUAUGUAAUCUUGCUUGUAAUAAACUAUCCAGAUUUGUGAUGACAAG